AUGAACAACCAUCUACUCCCUUUCCCAUACAACAUAUCACGCCCAACAUGGCUGGAGCGUGUAGUGCAACCGCUCUGGAGUGUCCUAUUGGGGGGACUCACCCAGUCCGCACCACAGAAACCGUCGACAACCCCGAUUCCUCUCCAAAAUAACUCAGCUUUCCCUCCAGUUCGCAUAAUAUGCAUCUCAGACACGCACAAUGCAACCCCUCCUCUACCAUCCGGGGACAUCCUAAUACAUGCGGGCGACUUAACGGCCCAUGGUACAUUUGACGAGGUACAAGCGCAGCUCCACUGGCUGUCCUCUCAGCCACAUACCCAUAAGAUUGUCAUCGCUGGCAACCAUGACCUUAUUCUUGAUGAAGCAAGUGAGAUGAAGUUUCUUGCACGCCAGGGAAUCAGUGCUACAAAGCGGAAGCAAUUGGAUUGGACCGGGAUCCAUUAUCUUCAAGGCGAAGAAAUGACGCUGGAACUGCCAAUCCUUACUGCCGGGGAGCAGCAAGUGCGCCGCUUGAAAAUAUAUGGGUCCCCGAUGACGCCGGAGUUUGGCCUUUGGGCCUUUCAGUAUCCUCCGAUUCGCGACGUGUGGAGCGGGCAGAUCCCUGAUGAUACAGAUAUUGUGGUCGUGCAUGGGCCACCAGCUCUAUAUGGUGACUGCGAUAACGAAAAGGGACCGGAUGGAAAGAUCAAGGUCAAAGGAGAUGGGUAUCUAUUACGCGAGAUACAAAGAGUAAGGCCCAAGAUGCUUGUUUGCGGGCAUAUCCAUGGGGCAUAUGGCGUGACUGUCAUCCAGCACGAUGGAAUUGAGGGUGUGAUGAACGGUGUACAAAUGGGAUGGGAAGGCUACGAUAUAGUUGGAGCGCUCAAAAAGACUCUAUGGAGUAGGAUCACCCUGGGGAGAAACGUCGAGCGCCCAGAAGAAACUCUCGUCAUCAACGCUGCCUUUGCACCAGGUGAGCUGAGAAGCGAAGAUAAACGCGCAAUCAGUAUCGAUUUUCACUGA